CCCAUUUAAGUUUUUCGGAGGGGUUUAGCUUUUCAGUCAGACUUAGAACUUGAAUCUUGUCCUCAACAAAAUCCCAUCACUGUAACGCCAGAGUCCAAUUCUCAUUCCUCCACCACCCAAACGGCCGGUUUAUUCCACAAGCUCCAUACCUCCCUCCUCUUUAUUUUCCCACAACAACCUCUCUGUGGAUGAUUUGAAGCACUGAGCUGCAACCCUAGCAUCGAGGUAAAUGAUUAGGGAUGGGGAUGACUUGGUUAGCCCUCAUGAUGAGGACAUGGAUGCAGGACUCCAGACAUCAGAUAGGUUAGACUUAAAUCUGGAUCAGGACAGUGUUGUGACUCAGAUUACUGGAGCUCAAUGCAGUCCCUCCUCCAAAGGUGAUUCCAUUACAGAUGGGGUGCUGAAAAUUGGUGCGGAGUUUGAAUCAGAUGAACAUGCUUAUAGUUUUUAUAACAAGUAUGCUAGAUUGGUAGGUUUCAGUGUUCGAAAGGAUUGGGUAAAUAGGAGUAAGGUGCAUGGUCUAGUGGUGUCUAGAAAGUUUACUUGCUCAAAGGAAGGAUAUCGAAGGAAAGACAAAAGAGAUGCUAAUGUGAAGAAGCACAGAAAAGAAACAAGAACUGGUUGUUUGGCACACAUGAUAAUCACUCGUCAACCAAAUGGUAAAUAUCGAGUUACACAUUUUGAAGCAGAACAUAACCAUGACAAUAUAAACCCAAAUAGUGGUCAAACACUAUCAUUUCAGAAGGAAUUAUGUGUUGCUGAAGCAGCAGAAGCUGACUUGCCAAGUAAUUUGGGUACAGAGUCAAAUUCCACCUUUGAAUUAAUGAACAGACGAUUUGAAGUAUUUGACUCUCUUGAUUAUAUAGCCAUGGAUUUCGACAAUUACCUACAAUCUGAAAGGAUAAGAGAUAUGAAAAGGGGAGAGGCAGGACGUUUACUACGUUAUUUUCAGAGGCUGCACUUUGAGAACCCAACAUUCUUUCAUGCAAUACAGGUUGAUGUAGAUGACAAGAUAAGCAACAUUUUUUGGGCUGACGAUGCAAUGGUAGUGGACUACGACCAUUUUGGUGAUGUUAUUUGUUUGGACACUACUUACCUAACAAAUAAGGUUAUUCAGCCAUUUGUACAGUUUAUAGGGGUGAAUCAUCACAAUCAAGCUAUAAUUUUUGCUGCUGCACUUUUAUUUGAUGACACUGUUGAAUCGCUCAAGUGGCUUCUUAGAACCUUUCUAGAGGCAAUGUCUAGAAAGAAGCCAAAAGUUAUUGUCACUGAUCAAGAUGCGGCAAUUGUUGAAGCAAUUAAAUCUGUCUUGCCAGAAACAAGCCAUCGUAUCUGUGUUUGGCAGAUGUUCCAGAAUGCUCUUAAGCACCUUAGCCAAGCAUUGAAGGAUACUGAACCUUUGUCCUGUGAUUUUAGAAGUUGUAUCUAUGAUCACAACGAUGAUGAGGAUUUUGUUCAUGCCUGGGAGGCUUUGCUGGAUAAAUAUGGUCUUCAGCAAAAUGAGUGGCUAAGAUGGAUGUUUAGAGAAAGAGAGAAAUGGAGCAUUAUAUAUGGCAAGAACUCAUAUUUUCUUGAUGCCAAAGGCUUUCAUGUGGCUGAAGCUUUACAUAAGGACUUGAGAAGUAACUUGAACUCUGAUCAAGAUGCACUUCAGUUUUUUAAAGUUUUUCAGAGGAUGGUAGAUAAGCAACGGCUAAAAGAAAUACAGGCUAAUGAUGACAUGACUAGAUGCAUGCCGAGGUUAAUGGGGAAUGUAGUUUUGCUGAAGCAUGCAAGUGACAUUUACACGCCAAGUGCAUUUGAAAUAUUUCAGAGAGAAUAUGAGAAGUGUUUAAAUUUUGUUGUUAGCCAGUGCAGUGAGAGUAGCCUUUUUCUCAUAUACAAAGUGAAUAAAUUUGGGCAAAGUCAAGAAUAUACUGUCACAUUCAAUCCUUCAGACGAUGCAGUCAAUUGCAGUUGUAUGAAAUUUGAAAAUGUCGGGUUUCUGUGUAGCCAUGCUCUGAAAGUACUUGAUAACAGGAAUAUAAAGGUGGUUCCCUCCCAAUACAUAUUGAAAAGAUGGACAAAAUAUGCGAGGGUUGAAAAUAUGAGAGAAAGCAAAGAGUUCAUUGCACAAGAAAACCCCAAGUCAGUCGCAGGUAUCCGUUACAAAACCUUAUGCCACAGAAUGCUUAAGAUAUCAGUCAGAGCUGCUGAAUCAGAGGAAGCAUUUCAGUAUGCUUCAAGACAACUCGAUGAAGUGAUUGAAGCAGUGGAGAAAAUCUUGAUGUUAAAACCUGAGGAGGCUCAUGGCAUCAUCUCUAGCAGCACUGCUGCAAAUGUUUCUGAAAGUGAAAAUGCAGAGACUUUCUUGGAUGAGAAAACAGUUGAUGAUCAGGAUGAAAACAACAGAGUAGCAGCAAUAAAAGACAAUGAGGAUACUCUCCCUGAUAGGCACCAACUGAAAUAUGUGAAAAAAAAAAGUUUUAAGAGAAAAGGAUUUCCGAGUGCACAACCACCUGAACCAUAUACUGUUACCUCUGUUUCAAGUCCUCAAGAAGCAUGUGUUUCAACAGAAGCCCCAACACCAAAUCCUCUUCUGCAGGGCUUGUACAAUUUCGAGUCUAAUCAGGAGAUUCAGUUUAUGUAUCACCAGCAGAAUCCAGUCACAAGUCAUCAAGAUAGUCCUACUAUUCUAUAUCAACAAUCAAACUUUUACUCUGAUCAGCAUGAUUCUCCUCGCCAAACUCCAUUGCUUCAGGUAUCUUCAAUUGAUAAAUUCUUUCUCGUCUCAUAUAAAACAUGUGCAGUCAGGAUAGGUGAUCAAAACAAGACUUCAGAAAAUGGCAUUUUGUUGGAAACUUGGAAUGCAAUGGAUCUCGAUAUCCAACAUCCACAACCAUCUUCAUUCAUGUUGUAUGAUCAUAGAUAUAGAGCUUCAGACACAUCGUAUGUCCGAUCGAAGUAAAGAUAAAGAAUAUGGCAUGACGUUCUUUCUCACUUCAUAACUGUGAUUUUGCAGCUGCAUGGUCUCGAUUGCUUCAGUAGUUUUAUCCUGCUUUUCAGUUAAUCAGUUUUGCUAAUUUUUGGAAGGUCUUAUUGCCGGUAAGCUUUGCCAAUGUACAUGUAAUAAAGGGAUAACAAGGUGGAACAAUCAUCAUUAUUACUGUAUUAUGUUUGUUACAUUUAGUUGCUGGGGUGUGCCUGUCCCCUAUAGAAUCCAUAGCCCUUACAGAAAUGUGAAAAAUAAUUUAUAUACAUGAAAAUGACUGAAUAAUCCCUCAUUAGAAAUCUUUUUGAUGCUGUUGAACUA